AUGGCGGACCCAGCCCCGCGUAGAUUCGGCGCGCAUUCCCAGGCCGCUCUUGUCCCGCCCCCGCCACAGCGUACCCGUUCAGCAUCGUCUACCUCCUCUGCAACCCCCCCGGCAUUCGACAUCACGCUGGCAGCAGACAAGGCACAGCAAUGGCUGUCUACCUGGGCCCCCAGGGGUGAGGGCAAGGGGAGAGAUUUCAUCAUCAAUGGGCUCAACGGGGUGGCUAGUGUCGCCAGCACCGUUUCAAGCGGCCUCAAUACCAGACACGGGGAUGGGGAGCUAUCCCACUUUGCCAACCGGUCCACAUCCAGCUUCCUCACUCCUUCCAACUCUUCCGCAUCUCCCUCGACCAGCCCUGAUGGACGAUUCAGCAUAUCCCCACCACCGCUUGGGCCUCUGCAUGCGCACUCUACCCCGCAAUUGGGCUUCUCUCAAGCUGCGGGAAGUGGAAAGAGGCCACCCCAGCCUGCCAAUCUCGCUCGUCUGGGUCACUCGGUAACUACUCCGGCAGCCCCGGUCAUCUCUAAUGGGCCGAGUGGUCUUGGCCAGCAACGCCCCAAAGCUGCUCAAAGCGGCAGUACAUCUUCCCUCCCGACAGCCAGUCAUCGCACUGCCCACGGUCCAUCUCACCUCGGUCCCAACGUCCCAGCUCACCGCCGCACUUCCUCGAGUCACUCCUAUAACCGUCCCGCGUCUCUCAUUGCCAUGCCUGGUACUGGAAGCAAAUCGCCGAGCAUGUCUCGUUCAAGCUCUAUGACUGGCAUCUCGGCCGGUCCGUCUUUGAAGAGCGCGGGGAUGCCGUACAAGCCGGGCUUUCAGCCACAAGGGGUCAGGAGUGAUAGAACAGAAGAGUUUAUAAGUGCUAGAGAAGAUCUCGUCGACCUUCAUUUCAACCCCACAAUCACACAAAGUAUCAGCACCCUCCCCAGAUCGUCAUCAUCCUCCUUCUCGUUCGCAUCUGCCGCCUCGGACAAACGACGCUCGAUAAUGUCAAUCGAUGGCGCCUUGGAGGCCUUGAAACCCAAAGACAUGUUCAAGGGCUUUAAAGCUGGAUCUGGUCCAGGCGGGGACGAGGGAAGAAGGCGGGCUGCUGAGCAAACCAUUGUCAAGUGGGAAGACGACUCGGAGGUCAAGAAAUGCAGAAUAUGCUCCUCCUCCUUUUCGCUCUCCAACCGCAAGCACCACUGCCGCCUUUGCGGCCGCAUAGUCUGCUCCCUUCCUCCGACGCCCGCAGCUCUUUUGGCCGUCGAGAUUCAACUCUUCGCCCCUGCUGACCCGUCUGCGUCCAACCAAACCCAGGCGGGCCUUCCCAUCGGCACUCGAAGGGAAAGGUGCUCUUUGCUUCUUGUCGCGGACUGGAAAACAGGCAGAGGCGAAGAGGUCGAAGAAGGUUUCGUUGGCUGGAUGAAGACUGCAAACGGAGAAGACGGGGAAGAUGGGGAAAGGACGCCGAGGCCGAACGAGACAGAAGAUGCUGUACUAGAGUCAAAGUUGGUACCCCAACAACCGAAAGAAGUCCAAGUCAAGGGGAUGCGCGUCUGUAGGGAAUGCUGGUCUGUCGUAUCCCGGAAACAGACAAUGCAAGAUCGGCAACGCGUCUCGGGCUUUACGCGUCUCUACCAAGCUCUCCGCAUGCUCCAAAGCGAAAUCGAAGAGAUCUCCAUCGAACUGGAUGACCUGCUCUCCGACUUUGCCUCAUCCGCCGUCCAAUCGUCUUCCUCGUCAUUUGACCCUUCGCCGGAGCUUCUUGCUACUCAUCGGCAACUCGUCUCUCUCUUUACGCAGUACGAGCACCUAUCUAAACGCCUGUGCAGCCUUCCCUGCCUUGAGAAUUCCGGAUCGCAGGCGGUCGUGCAGGGUAAUAUAGCAAGGAGUGCAGCGGCUUUCAUGGCUCAUGAAAUGGGGCGAUUGCAAGCAAUACCGCGCUUACAAAAGCGGGCGGCGGAGGCAAAAAAGAAGGGGAUGGUGAUCAACGAAGUGACGCUAGCGCAGCUGGAUCUUGAAGACGAGGAAGAAGAGGAGAGUGGGGCAGACGAUGUGGCUGUCUUGUUACAGCCCCUCCUGGAACAAGAAGCACAACUAGAACUGUACAUUUCAGACGCCAAUGCCCAACGGAAAUAUGAAGAUAGCAAAGCCCUACAGGAGGCCCUGAACGAAAUCCGUGCAGAGAUUGGCAGGGUCACCCUGGGGGCAUCACAACGCCAAAGAUGA